AAAACUGCACUGUAGGUGAUUUCAUGUGGACUUUGAUAAUGCUUCGGCGGCCAAAAUAACAAGAGCAAAAGACUCAUCAUCAGAAUCAUCAUCUUUUCAUUUUUUGCACGUAUUUCAUGAUCCCUGACCGAACGGUUGCCAUUUACUGUACAGCCUCCGAGGCUGUUGAACCGGCAUCCGCCGAUGUUGGGCGCCCUAAUAAAUAAAUAAGUCCUGAGAGGAGAGACUGCUGAUGUCAGGAGCUUCGGUGCUGCAUUUGCUGCUGCAGGGUGGAUGAAGAGCUCGAGCCGCUUCACACGUGCGAGCCUGACGGACACCAUGCAGACCGUCGUGCUCGCCUCGGCGCUGGUCCUGGUCCUGGUCCUGCUCCUGGCCGCUCCGGGGAACGCGGGGAAGAAGGUUUUCAAGUGCCCUUCCCCGUGCAGCUGCUCCAAGGAGUCUAUUAUCUGCGUCGGGUCUUCGUACGUCCCGCGAUUCAUCCCCUACGAUGUCAGCUCGCUGAGCAUCGUGAAUGGGACCUUCUCUGAGGUCAGGGAGGCGAUGUUCUCACACAUACCAUCCUUACAGUUACUGUUGCUGAACUCCAAUGCCCUCACUACAAUAAGGGACGAUGCAUUUUCUGGCCUUCCGCACCUGGAGUACUUGUUCAUAGAAAACAACAAGAUCGAAACGACAUCAAAAUACUCUUUCAGAGGACUUAGGGAUUUGACUCAUCUGUCUUUGGCAAACAACAACAUUAAAGCUUUGCCCAGAGAUCUAUUCAUUGAUCUGGACUCAUUGAUAGAGCUAGACCUGAGGGGGAAUGUUUUUGAGUGUGACUGCCGAGCGAAGUGGCUGAUGAUGUGGUUAAAGAGCACUAAUGCCACUGUAUCAGACGUCCUCUGCGCUGGUCCUGAAGAGAUGAAGGGCAAACGUCUCAAUGACAUGGCGAGCUUGCAUAACGAAUGCAUCUCUACAGAUUUCAUUCCACUCCACUCUGUGUCUACCGAGUCUUUGUCUGUGGACACGUUCUCCCACAAGAACGACGUGUAUGUGGCCAUCGCUGCUCCCAACAUAGAGAGCUGCAUGGUGCUCCAGUGGGACCACAUCGAGAUGAACUUCAGGAGUUAUGACAACAUCACAGGUCAGUCCAUAGUGGGCUGCAAGUCUGUGAUCAUCCAGAACCAGGUGUUUGUCAUCGUCGCUCAACUCUUUGGUGGUUCCCACAUCUAUAAGUUUGAUGAAGACCAGAGCAAGUUCACUAAGUUCCAGGACAUUGAGGUUUCCAAGAUUUCCAAGCCGAAUGACAUAGAGGCCUUUGAGAUCGGCAACGACUGGUUCUUCAUCAUCGCUGACAGCUCGAAGGCCGGUCUUUCCACCCUCUACAAAUGGAACGACAAGGGCUUCUACUCUUACCAGUCGCUUCACGAAUGGUUUCGAGAUACUGAUGCAGAGUUUGUGAAUUUGGACGGUAAGGCCCAUCUUAUCCUAGCGAGCCGUUCCCAAGUACCGGUCAUCUAUCAGUGGAGCAGGAGCACUCAGAAGUUCGCUUUACAAGGAGAGAUCCCAAACAUGGAAGAUGUAGUCGCUGUCAAGACCUUCUGGAUCAAGGAGGAUCUUUACCUGGCCAUGACCCGAUACAUCGGCGACUCCAAAGUCUUGCAUUGGACUGCGAAGGAGUUCUCUGAGGUCCAGGCCCUUCCUUCGAGAGGCUCCAUGAUCCUGCAGCCGUUUUCAUUCAAAGAAAGGUACUACCUGGCUCUGGGAAGUGACUACACCUUCUCGCAGGUCUAUCUGUGGGACGCAGAGGAGAAGGUUUUUGAACGUUUCAAGGAAGUCUACAUCCAGGCUCCUCGUUCCUUCACGGUGGUCUCCACCGACCGGAGGGACUUUGUAUUUGCCUCGAGUUUUAAAGGCAGCACACAGAUCUUUGAGCAUAUCAUCAUUGAUCUGAGUCUUUGAGUGGUACAGUGUCGUGGACAGAGUCGCAGUUAAGGCACGUCAGCAACCCUUCCUUUAGCAGUUGGACGUUUUUCUGGAAAGGCAAUUAGUGGGUUUUAAGAAGAGGGAGGUCUGGGAAGCAUAAUCAGGUUCACAGUAAUAAGUAUUACAUCAUGCAUCUUUGUAGUUUUACAUCGAUUCUGGGAAGGUUUCGACAUUUUUGUUGUACUACUGUGUAUUAGAAUUGUUAUAUAUAACAUUUACUCAUCCCUGCUGAAUCAAAGGACAUUUUUGCCGAAUGUAUGGACUGCGGAAAAGAGUUGCACUUGUCACCUGUAACUACCUAAAACACUCUACAUAACGAUAUAUACUGUAAAUCUGAGAGCCUUUAAAAACUCUGUAUGCAACAGCUGAUACCGUGCAUGAUGUGGCUGCAGCAAAUAAAAAAUACAAUUUUCAGAGCAAGCAUGCAGAUCAAAUAGUGAUACGGGUGACAAAUGCAGUCCUAUUAUCUUUAGAGACAUUUUACCUCAUUUUUCAAUAUUUAUUUAAAUCAUGUCCCCCUUUUGGUCAGUGGACUGAGUUGUGAUGUCAAGUAAAGCCUCUGUCAUAUUUAUUUGGAUCUGUUAACAAAUCCAAACUUGUAUUUCAGUUGUCUGAUUUUAGGCAGAAAUGCGUUCCUGUGGUUGGUUGUAAUGAAUUCAAAAAGUCAAAGUCUUUUGUGAAAGAAAAAGAUCGUCUAUGCUUCAAUACAGGGAAAUUGUCAAAAGCACAAACCUUUAAAUUUAUCAUAGUUCUGUUAAUAAAGAAAGUGACUUAAUCUUACUCAUUACCAAUUUAAGAAUGUGGUAAACUGAUUUUGGACAUAUAUCGUGCAAUGAAUGUAAAAAGCUUUUUAUUUUAAGUACUAGUGACGAAUGUUAAAUGUCUGACUUAUUUUAUAACAAGUGCGUUAAAAUAAGAACCUCAUUUUCUUACUGUUUUGCAAGCUGAGAUACGGAGAGAAGAAAAACACAACCCCAAAUAAUGACUGCAGCCUGCAAAAGCAUGAUAUUCAGCUAUUAGUAUUCAAUACCUUAAUCUUACUAAAAAAAAGAAGAAUCAAAGAACAACUCUUACUUGAUCAUAUGAUGUUCUUAUUCGUACCAGUUUUAGCUUAUUCUGAUAUGCAAAAUAGAAUUUUAAUUUUGUAAAUCCUUGUUUUUAUUCUCAUUUGUUGAAUGUUAGACAUGUUUUUAAAUACUAAUGUAAAUAAAUGCUUAUGAACACUGA